AUGGGAAUUCAUCGUCUACCGGAGAUGGUUCUUCAUCAUGCUAAGCAAAUCAUUCGACGGCGGUCGUCGGCGGUUUCUUCGAAACACCGGUCAUUCUCCACCGUUGAUCAUGAUGAUGAUCAUCAUGGUCAUGGGGUGUCAAAAGGGCAUUUUGCAGUGUAUGUUGGUAAAGAAAGUGAAGUGAUGAAGAAUAAGCGGUUUGUGGUUCCAAUCUCAUAUUUGAAGCAUCCAUUGUUUCAAGAUUUGUUGAAUAGGGCUGCUCGAGAGUUUGGUUUUGACCAUCAUUAUCCAAUAAUGGGUCCCAUUACCAUUCCUUGUGAUGAGCAAGAUUUUAUCAAUCUCACUUCUUCUUUAUUUUCCUCUACCUCUGCUAGGCCAGCAUCAUCUACCUAUAUAUAUGCCUAAAUAAUAUUACA